CCCGCCACUUCGACGGACGACGACCCUGAGGAGCUUCGCCGACAUCAUCAAUACGGACGACCAGACUCCGUCCAGAUCAGCAACCCCAUCUUGUAAAGUCGAAGUCGCUACGGGCGUAAAUCACUCAAGAUGCCUCAGAACGAGUAUAUGGAGAGAUGGCGCAAGCUUCAUGGUCGGAGACUCGAUCACGAGGAGAAGGCCCGCAAGAAGGAGGCUCGUGAGGGCCACAAGGCGUCCAAGGAUGCGCAGAACCUGCGCGGUCUCCGCGCCAAGCUUCACGCGAAGAAGCGCCACAACGAGAAGAUCCAGAUGCGCAAGCAGAUUAAGGCCCACGAGGAGCGCAACGUCAAGACCAACGACGAGAAGGAGCCCUCCGAGCCCAUGCCCGCCUACCUGCUCGACCGAAACAACCCGAGCAACGCCAAGGCCAUUUCUUCCCAGAUCAAGAAUAAGCGUGCCGAAAAGGCCGCCCGUUUCCAGGUUCCCUUGCCCAAGGUCAAGGGUAUCUCUGAGGAGGAGAUGUUCAAGGUCAUCUCGACCGGAAAGAAGACGCACCAAAAGUCCUGGAAGCGUAUGAUUACGAAGCCAACUUUUGUCGGACCUAACUUCACCCGGAGAGAUCCCAAGCACGAACGAUUCAUCCGUCCUAUGGGUCUGCGUUACAAGCACGCGCACGUGUGCCAUCCGGAACUCAACGUCACCGUAAAACUGCCAAUUUUGGGAGUCAAGAAGAACCCUCAGAACCCUCUUUACACGAACCUGGGUGUCCUCACGAAAGGAACUGUGCUGGAAGUAAACGUUUCUGACAUGGGCCUUACGACAGCGAGCGGCAAAGUGGUUUGGGGGAGAUACGCCCAGGUGACAAAUUCACCGGAGAACGAUGGCUGCGUGAACGCAGUCCUGCUCGUUUAAAUGGAAACGGGAAAAAAAGUCAAGGCUAUCGCGCAAGUAGUGUCACAUAAUGGCAUCGGGACACAGCAGGGACGCCGUGCCUCUAUCGAAACGUGGAGCGGAAAAGUCUAGGAGGUAGUGGUACUUGGGGCAGUCAAGUCCCAGCUGGCGUUAAGGCGUUCUGUCACCUCGUGUAAGGGGGGAAUGGGUG